CCUGUAAACUUUGGCGAAAUUCCCGUUCCAAAUUACACGUCCCUCGCAAUAUAACGACCUUCUCAGACGAUUCCUCCUUUCUCGUCUCUCAAACAUACGCGCAGCUCUCCCUCUCUCUCUCUCUCUGAUUUCAUUUUUCUAAUUUGUGUUUGAAACCAAAUCUUCUGCUGCAACAAUGUCAUUUUCGGAUACGGAUUCCUCCUCUCACGGCGGAGCCACAGAGUACAAAACCUUCCGUCAAAUCUGCCGUGACCGAUUGUUGUAUGAAAUGCUUGGAUCAGCCAAAACUGGGGAUUCAAAGUCAACUUGGAAGGUACUCAUCAUGGAUAAAGUUACUGUGAAAGUCAUGUCUCACUCAUGUAAAAUGGCAGACAUUACAGACCAAGGAGUUUCACUGGUCGAAGACCUCUUCAGGAGAAGGCAACCCUUGCCAUCCAUGGAUGCUAUUUAUUUCAUCCAGCCCUCAAAAGAAAAUGUUAUUAUGUUUUUGUCUGACAUGUCUGGAAGGGAGCCUUUAUACAAGAAGGCAUUUGUAUUUUUCAGUUCACCAAUCCCAAAGGAAUUUGUAAAUCACAUCAAGAGUGAUACAAGUGUUUUACCACGCAUAUGUGCAUUGAGAGAGAUGAAUUUGGAGUACUUUCCUAUAGAUAAUCAGGCUUUUAUCACUGAUCAUGAAAGAGCAUUGCAAGAACUCUUUGGUGAUGUUGAGAAUCCUCGCAAGUUCGAUGCUUGCUUGAAUGUGAUGGCAAAUCGAAUAGCUACAGUUUUUGCUUCAUUGAAGGAGCUGCCAUUUGUUCGGUAUCGUGCUGCCAAGGCACUUGAUGAAUCUACAACAAAAAAAAUUUGUGAAUUAGUCCCUACAAAGCUUGCUGCUGCAGUUUGGAACUGUAUUUCGAAAUACAAAUCUACCAUCCCAAACUUUCCACAGACUGAAACAUGCGAGCUGCUCAUCUUGAAUAGAUCUGUUGAUCAGAUUGCUCCAGUCAUACAUGAAUGGACUUAUGAUGCUAUGUGCCAUGACUUAUUGGAUAUGGAUGGAAAUAAGUAUGUGCAUGAGGUUCCUAGCAAAACAGGUGGUCAAAUUGAAAGAAAGGAGGUUCUUAUGGAAGACCAUGACUUAAUUUGGCUCGAGCUUCGUCAUGCACAUAUAGCAGAUGCUAGUGAACGUUUGCAUGAGAAGAUGACCAAUUUUGUAUCAAAGAACAAAGCCGCACAAAUGCAACAAAGCGGAAGGGAUGGAAGCGAAUUAUCUACACGAGAUUUGCAGAAAAUGGUUCAAGCUUUGCCGCAGUACACUGAGCAAGUUGACAAGAUUUCUCUCCAUGUGGAGAUUGCAGGAAAAAUUAACAGAAUUAUCAGAGAGAUGGGACUUCGAGAACUUGGGCAACUGGAGCAGGAUCUAGUUUUUGGAGAUGCAGGAGCCAAGGAUGUUAUUAAUUUUCUGAGGACAAAACAGGACGCAACUCCUGAAAAUAAGUUGCGUUUGAUGAUUAUUUAUGCAUCUGUCUAUCCUGAGAAGUUUGAGGGUGACAAAGCUUCGAUGCUAAUGCAGCUGGCUAAAUUAUCACAUGAGGACAUGAAGGUAGUAAACAAUAUGCAAUUGCUUGCGGGAUCAUCAGAUAAUAAAAAGACAACUGGUAGUUUCUCACUCAAGUUCAAUGCCCAGAAGACAAAGCAAGCAGCAAGAAAGGAUCGCACAGGUGAGGAAGAAAUGUGGCAGCUGUCACGAUUUUAUCCCAUGAUAGAGGAGCUUAUUGAAAAUCUUAGCAAAGGUGAGCUUACCAAGAAUGAGUAUUCAUGCAUGAAUGAACCAAGUCCAACCGUUCAAGGAGGCUCCCAAAGAGGUACCCAGAGUGCAUCAGUGCAUCCAAGUCAAACUUCUGGUCCUCAUUCAAUGAGAUCAAGACGGACUGCAAAUUGGGCACGAUCUCAUCAUUCGGAUGAUGGAUAUUCAAGUGACUCAUCUGUGAGGUUUGCAUCUACUGAUUUCAAGAAGAUGGGCCAACGUAUUUUUGUAUUUAUUAUUGGCGGGGCUACUCGAUCUGAACUACGAGUCUGUCACAAGCUCACAACAAAACUCAGAAGGGAAGUAAUCCUGGGUUCUUCUAGUAUUGAUAACCCUUGUGAAUAUAUUACGAAACUGAAGCUGCUUUCGGAAAGAGAUCUCUCACUGGAUGGUCUCAGAGUCUAAAUUUUGGUGCCAUAGGGUUAUUUGUGAAAUAUGUUUUUGCUUAAAGCCAGCAGGUUGAUUGUUGGCCCUCUCUUUUGUAUUUAUGAUAUGAUUUUAUUCUCUCUUUCACUUCAAUAUAGGAAAUGCAAUGCAGUCUUGAUAUAUGGGAAAUUGCAGAAUGCUCCUUUUGUUUCAACAGAAA